AACGCGGAAGAGUGAUGCCGGAUGUGACAGUGUCGUAAAAUUCAUUAAUCUUUUCAUUUUUGUUGCGGCGGUGUAUAAUUCGCAAGUUUCACUUUGUGACGAUUCAUCAUGAGUGUACUGGAGAUACUACUUUUCGCGAUACAAGUUACUAUUAUUUCGGGACGAUUGACGGUCUUGAGAGGUAAAUCAGCGUAUACUUUCGGGCAGAACAUGAGAAAAUUAGCGUGUGUGUCCGAAGACGACGGUAGCGGUUUAAUAUGGAAUAGCAAUUUAAACUGGAUCUACGAACCCUAUAAGUUCAGCGAUAGAAGCACGACCGCUGACUUUCGAUCUUUAAAUGGAUAUCAAAGAGAGCAAAUAGAUUGCGAUCUGAACUCGAACGAAGGUUGCAUGAGAGACUGGAGUACUGCUGGUUGGAGUUUAGCGAAUUCCGGAGACAAACCCAUGGGUCCGGUAAUGGAUCGUCGAUGGGAGGGCUUCGUAGAGUACAAUAAUUUCGAUAGCGUGAACGAAUACCGUUUACUCGGAAAACUGGGGAAGGUUCGAAUGUUCGAGGGAGCUCUCGCAAUCUCUGUUCGUGGAUCUAGGGACGCCCACAUUCUAUUCUGCAAGAGUAAACGUUACGAAACUGAUUUUUGUUACUGGAUAAUUAUUGGUGGGUGGACCAACACGGAAUCCGUGAUACGAAAAUGUGCGAAUGGCGUACCGAAUCCAUGGGGUACAUCCAACGACGACAUGUGCACCAAACUUAGGGCUUCUUAUAAACGCAAGGUACUUUCGCCAACCGAAUGGAAAACCUUUGUUAUCACGUGGAACGAAACCACGAAGGAGUUAUCAGUUUAUGAUAAUGAAAACCUGUUAUUAACGUAUGUGGACCGCGAGGAACGAUCACUGAACACGCCUGCCAAUUACACGAUGUUCAUACGGAGUCCUGUUACGAUGCUAUUUCGAUUUCAUAUAUACGACUUCUUGCACACAACCGAUUCGAAGGCAGCUCUCACGAGUCCCCCGAUGUCUCUGUUCACCAAAAACCUUUGCAUAGAAUUGAUAAUCGGCCUGUGCACGGAAUGCGAGAUGGAAAUAGUAUUGUUAAAUCCUUCGAAUGAAAACAUCGAAGACAGUUUAAAAGUGAUAGGAGGAUCCAAAAUGGCCGCUGCUCACGGAUUGGCUAUGUGGCAAUACGUUCGGAUCAAUAAAACGAUUUCGACCGACUUUGGACAGAGGGUGAAGAUAAAAUUAAUACCGAAACUUCAGCGGGAAAGCUCCAAUCCACUAUGGGUUGUUGCAAACUUUCGCGUAUGUCCAUCAGCAGAUUCUGUACGACAAGCCAUUAUGACAGCUACGCAAGAUUACAAUCGUGACUAUUACUGGCCAGUAGUCACGUGCCAAAAGCUCUUUUACGACGAAAUCAUCGUCGUAAAUUCCGUGCCCGACGCCAUUUUGAAUUUAGAAUUCGACGACUUGUAUUGUCCCGAGGGAAAGGAGGGACUUCACUGUUCGAUAAGCUGCUAUAGUGACUUGGAAAGCCGUACAGACUGCGGGGGUACUGCGAUUUGUGAAAGAACGGGCUGCACCUGUCCACCAGGUUUCAUUGGAGAGAAUUGUGAUUACAAGUGUGCUAUUAAUCGAUAUGGCCACGACUGCAAGGGAACUUGUGGCCAGUGCAAGGAAGACAUAUGUAACGUCAAAUCAGGAACAUGCACAUAUGGCUGUGACAAUUCUAAAAGAUACUAUAUACCACCGUUUUGUAAAAGAGUCAUAGAUCCACUUCCUCCUCCGAACAUCGACUUUAUCAACGAGACAACUGUUCGCGCUGUUCUUCCAGCUAGAGAGGAAUACACAUUAGUAUCUUCCAGUUAUCGAUUUGUAAUACGGAAAAAUAUGGACGACUCUGACACCGAUGUUCGUCGCAUCCGAGACAACGUGAAGAUAUUUAAGAACAUGACAACAUUAAUUGGGUACACCGAUGACUUAGAACCUGGCACUACUUAUAAGAUUUUCUGCGAUCUGCACAUCACCGAUGAUUCGAAUAUUAUACACGGACAAUUAGCCACCUUUACAACACGCUGCACUCCGUACACGAACUUUGAAGUAGUCCGAGGAAACAUAAGUUUGACACUGAAAAAGGGUCGGCAAGUAGACCCUUUGUACACUUGUCCAGACCAUUGGUACGGUCUCGUUUUCGAGAACUGCGAAACGAACGUUCAAAUUAAAAACGGAACUGUGGACAAACUGCCGCACCAAUUUAUGGACUUGACGCCGUAUACUCGUUACAAAAUUACAGUCUACAAAGGAGCAGCGAUUCUCUUUUCACAGGAGGUUCGAACUCUCGACGCAGCGCCUUCUAGUGUAAGGAACAUUAAGACGACACUGCUUUCGAAUAAGAAAGUAACGAUAAAAUGGGAUCUUCCUCAACAUUUAAACGGAAUCAUUAAGAAUUACACAAUCGUAUUAAAGGUCCUAAUGUAUUUCGGCUGCUCCGACUUAAACAGGGAUUCUCCGAAGAAGGAGAUCACAACUACUAGUACUUCCACCGAUAUUACAUUUCCAGAUUUAAACCCCUACGCAAAAUAUGUUGCUGCAAUUUCAGCCUGUACUUCUUAUUGUGGACCUGUCCAGAAAACAGUAUUCGACACCGAUCAGAGUGAAAUACCAACCGCAGUGUACAGCGAUUUAACGACGGAAGCUUACAUGUUAACGUGGAAGCCACCGGAAAAUUGCACCACGAUUUCUGGACCUUUGUGCACGCGAAUUAUUAUCACCGGAAUUAGCAAAUCCGUGGUGGGUGUAAAUAUUACGAAACAAACCAAGCAAUUCAACAUUGAUUUAAAAAAUAUCCUUAACGGUACAGAAACGUACGAAGCACGAAUUUAUGUGAUUCGAGACUACGGUAAAAGGCACAACGAUUUGCUUUAUCAGAAAAUUAUUUUCACCAUGCCACCGAAAGCUCCGCCUCCGGUAAGGAAUCUAGAAAUUUACGAAACCGACUUGCGAGCAAAAAUUGCCUAUUUGAGAUGGCAGAAACCGGAAGCACCAAUCCACGGAGAAAUAAAACAUUACAUCGUGAGCAAUUGUUACCUCAAACAAUGCAAUACGUUACUGAAGGUACAGCCAACGACGCACUGCAACUUGUGGGACGAUUACGUUUGCGCUGCUGUCAAGGAAAUCGAUUACGUGCAAGGGCUGAUCGAGGUUUCAGCUGUGAACGCAAACCUUUCGACGCCGGGCAACGCGUCACGUGUGCCGAUUUUUCUCGUUGAAUUUAAACCAGAGGCACCUCACCUCUUCACCGUCGAAACUCUCGAUAAAGGUGUCGUCAACGUGAGUUGGUCUCAUCCAUGGCGAACAGGGGGUCGUCUGGAGAAAUUUCUGAUAAUUUCGAAAAUAAUAUCAUCGGAUCUCAGAAUGGAAAUUCAAGAGUCGAAGAGAACCAUGAUACACGAGCACCUGGUCAAGGAAUACCAGUCUCGGUACAGCCAACAAUUACACUUUCUGUCGUCGACCACUUACGUAGUUUCCAUUCGCGGCGUGACAAUCAUGGGAAAAUCUGGCGUGAACGACUUUGCGGAAGUGCGUACACCUUUGGCCACGGGAUUCGAGACGGAAUUAACGUCGGAAGUAAGGGACAAGGAUUCGACGAUCACGUUGCGCAUUCCUACCGUGGUGAACGACACGAGGAACAGCCUGAUGAACGUGAUCGUGAAGGGGCCGCAACCCUGCGAGCGUUACGUGAAACUGAGCCCUUUACUUCGCGAGAAGACGGGCAUCGAUCAUUACGAAACCGCGUGGCGAGCUGCCACGUUUUCCACGGAGAAGUUCGCCGGCAAAACGUUCACGGUAGGGGAUAACAAACUUUACGGCGAUGCCACGAACUGUCCGCUAAAGCCUGACGAAUCCUACGUGAUAAUGGUUAUCGUGCAAACCGAAGAAUCGAUAGAUGAUCAGAUCAUAGUCGUGAAGACGACAUCGAUUCGUGUCGGCGAGGUGCCAAGGCGACACGACGAAGCGUGGAUCAUUCCCAUUAUGAUAUUACUCGUCGUGGCAGUUGUGGCGUUUUACUUUUAUCGAAGGAAGAAGAGAGGCCCAUCGAAAGUAUUUAUUCAUCACGAAGAAAUGUCUUUGGCGCGCAAAACCGAAAACCUGGAGGAUAAAUCGAUUCUGACAAAUUCAUCGCACCCACCAAAAUCUGUCACGCCCACUCCAUCCAAUAAAGAAUGCUUAUCGCGUACGAGCACACCCGAUGAUGACCGUUCGAUCCUUGUGAACGAUGUCAAUCAAAACGAAGAAGUCACUUCUAUGGUGAAAGUUAAGGACUUCGAGGACUACGUGAAGCAAGCAAUUGAUUCUGGACUCUUGGACACGCAGUACAAUACACUCCCAAGAGGCCAAACGAAAUCGUGGGAAUACGGGAAGCUUCCGCAGAACAAACCGAAGAAUCGAUACGGAAAUCUCAUAGCGUACGACGAGAACCGCGUGAUAUUGAAUAAGCUUUCGGACGAUCCUCACUCGGAUUACAUCAACGCUAAUUACAUCAAGGGUUACAAAAAGGAAAAGUGUUACAUAGCUACCCAAGGUCCAAAGGCGACCACGGUCAUCGACUUCUGGAGAAUGAUCUGGCAAGAAGAAACCCUCAUAAUUUGUAUGGUCGCGAACACAGUCGAGAACGGAAAGGCGAAAUGCGAACAGUACUGGCCCGACAUUCUGAAAAAGAAGAAAUACGGCGAUCUACUUGUCUUCAACGCUAAACACACCGUGUUCGCGGAUUAUACAUUUCGUACUUUUCACGUGACCUGCGGAAAUGAUACUCGCAAGAUCGAGCACCUGCAUUAUACAGCAUGGCCGGAUCACGGUGUGCCGUUGUCCACGCAUUCUGUGGUAACGUAUUUAAAGAAGCUUUUGGCAACGUCACCCGGAAAUGGACCUGUGGUGGUCCAUUGUAGCGCAGGCGUCGGGAGAACUGGAACCAUAAUUUUAUGCGACAUUUGUCUUCGACGAGCCGCUGCGGAAGGGGUAGUCGAUGUAUACGCCGAAACCAUGUCGAUCAGAAGUCAAAGAGCCAACAUGGUCGACACGAAGCAACAGUACCUCUUGGCUCAUUUAACCCUCUUAGAAUGUUUACUUUCAAUUCCAACGUCGUUGCCUUGCGACGAGAUUCUCCCAUUGAAAAUUAUGGAGCUUAAAAAACAAUUGGUGAUCCAGCAGCAUAGUCUGAAAAAGACAUCUUGGCAAGACGAAGCCCUUCGGCCACCGACCAGUCAAUCGUCACUGUCGGAACGCAACCUUGCCAAAAACAGAUUCCCAGAAUUAGCUUCAGCGAAAGUCGGCAGAGUGUACUUGAAGAGAUAUCCACCGACAGAUGAGGACAGCGAUUACAUUUCCGCUAUUUACGUGGACGGUGUGAGAUUGCAGAAUCAGUACCUGGCUACGCAGUUACCGUUGCCGGGGACGUUCAGCGAUUUCUGGAGAAUGGUGGCCGAAUACAAAGUGGAGUUGAUCGUUAUGCUACAACCACCUGAUCCGAACGAUACGAGCUGCUGUCCCAUUAUUCCGUCCGAGGAGUUCAAGCCGGUACCAUACAUAAACAUUAAGGCAACAGGAUCAGUCGAAUUCGACUUUUACGUCUCGCACAAACUGGUACUCAUCGACAAUUCCGAGAAGCCUGCCAUGGAACAACAGGUAACGAUUUUACGGUUCACGGAAUGGACUGCCGGCAGAAAUCAAAAUCCACCGUCAACGAUGACGUUGGUAACGCUGUGGCAAGCCACCGAGAGAAUUUCCAGGGGAGACGGACCGACCGUUGUCCUCUGCCACGACGGUGUAACCGGCUGUGGACUUUACCUGGCCUUAAGUUUUCUUUUGGAGAGAAUGGCCGUAGAACGUGAAUGCGACGUUUGCUUGGCGAUUCGCGCGGUUAGGAGAUCAAGGCCCGAUUUUGUUCAAUCUUUGGAACACAUGGAGUACUUGUACGACGCAGUGAUCACGUACUUGAAAUACUUCGAAACGUACGCGAACUUCACGUGAACGAUUCCCGCGUUAAUCGAUCAUUCGAUCCGUAGCGCAAAUUGAAUUCGAUUGAUCCUAUCGAGUCGCGACUGCUUUCCUAAUACGAGUAACGUUCGACCCAUAAAUUACACCGUUACGCAAUUACUUGAUACCGAAAUUCUCAACUCUCGAUUAUCCUAUUUUCCUUUACUUUCCUGUCUCCCAAGGCAAGCGACUUUCAUUCCCACGAACGCUAUCACGAUUUAUCAUAAUCGUAUGCAGCAACGACCCUGCCGCGCCGGGAUUCCCCCUGAACCGGUGCCGCAUAAAUUGCACACACGAAGAAGCGUGUUCGUCUCGUUAAGUAAUCGUAAUAACAGUUAACAGGAGCAUAAAAGUUUUACGUCGACUUCCAAGCAUCGAUCUCAAUCCUUAAUGCAGCCACGGUCAUUUACGAAGCGAGCGAUGGUUCAAAAGGGUAUUGCGAAACUUCGAAGGCGGUUCGCCUAAUUUCAUUCGUCUCCCUCUCUACCGGAACAUCAUGCCAGUCGAGACGCGCACGACGACGUCGUUAAUUACUAUUUUCCCGCUUAACGAACCGGAACGUUCGUUUCCCGACGACGUCCGCCAUCAUGAUGCUCAAAAAAAAUCAAAUGUAGGUUUAAAAGGCUUAAAACUCUUCAGAUCUUGUAAACAUUGUACUGUAUAUGUGUUGUGAGAUUAUAUUUUAAUACGAGAUUAUGUAUUUAUUUAUAUAAUAUUUGUCACGCAGCCGUAAUUUAUCUCUGCCUAAUUGUAUUUCGUAAGAACUUCACAUUUUGAACAGACAUUUGUUCAAUAAGUUUAGUUUGGCAUUAGUGGAAACACGACGUUCUUUUCAAGAUAUAAAAUUGGAAAGAGUGUUUCCAUAAACAACUUACAAAAAAAGUUACAAUGUACCUAAAAUUUGUCCAAUAAGUGUAAUUUGGCAUUAGUGGAACACGACGUUCUCUUCAAAGAUAUAAAAUUGGAAAGAGUGUUUCCAUAAACAUCUUACAAAAAUAAUUACAAUUUACCUACAAUUUAUGGAACUACUUUUCUUCUUUUAGCAGCGCUAAAAUUAUCAUUAAUUACAUAAAAAUCUAAUUUGGAAGUAAUGUCUCUUUUAAAUUACAAUAUUGCAAGUAGAGACAACCUUUCAUAGUUGAUCUUUUACUUAACUUUAGCUUUGAGAACGAUUCUUCAGCACUAGCUACAUUUACUGACAUUAUCAAAAUAAUUCUUAUGACCACGUAUUUAUUUAAAAAUGUACUAUUUGUAUUGUUAAGGUGUAUUCAAUAUUAUUACAAGGAAAAUAACUUUACAAAUUUAGCGUAACCCUUAAAGGCUUAAUUCGUUUCAUCACAAGGCUCUAGAUUUUCUAUGUAUUAGGUGUAGAAAUUAAUUUUGUGGAUUUGCAUUCAGCAUACCAGAGAGUUUUCACGAAACAGAAUCGAAAAACGCCAUGUAAAGCGAUCCUCAGCAACUGUUAGCACGUCAGAUAUUUGUAUCAACAAAAUACGCUUGUUUUUUUUCGACACAAAAUCUGAACGGUUAGGUAAAAAUAUUUACUCAUCAUCUCGAUACGUAGAAUUAUCAGCCUUCUAAGUUCUCGAUCUGAUCUCAUAGUGAGAUUACAAUAUUCAAUUACAAUAUCUAAUGACCAUAUUAGAUUACAAUCAAUCCGUAUAUAAACCUAAGUCUAUACCUGAUGGUCAUCACAAUUUAUCUAUAUAUUUGAAAUACCCCACAAAUUUUGCUUAUUCUUGUUCUUCUAAUAGAUUAGAAAUAUACUUGGAAUUUAUUAGGUUUAGCAAUUAAUUCUGUGUUUUUACAUUUACAUAAUUACAUUUGCAACUCUAGUUUAAAUAAAAAUGUGUACUGGUCACUUGGUUACGUACUAACGUUCAUAUUAAUAAAACACAUAGAAUUGUUUUGAAAUGCGUGACUGAGGAAAAAUCAAAAGUUGUAUGAUUUUUCUUGAUAAAUAAAUGGUAAGUUUAGCUUAGAAAGGCACAGAGUUAAUUUCUACAAUUAAUACAUAGCCACUGUGCGCAAUUAAGAGGGGAGUCUGGUCCAGCUAAUGUAUUUUUCUAAUGCAUAUAAUAUCCAGACAUAAUUAAUGUUUGUUAUUGAAACUUUUUUUACACAUAAAGGGACGUUCAAAGAAGAAAAUUUGACAGUGUAGAUUUAAUUUGAAUGUAUACAUACAGUGGGUGUAGAAAGUAUUCGUACACCGAACAAUUUCCAAAAAAACUAUGUGAAAUUGUGAUUUAUUAACUUUUUCUUUAUAAACAGUGAUAUUCUACAUAUUCUUGGAAAUCUUUAGAAUAGAUACACUACGAAAAGAUUAGUUAUUUUGUAGAAGUGAGAAAUCAACAAGAAAAAAGAAUAAAUCGAUAGAAAUACAGAAGCAAUAAGUGUUCGUACAAGUGUCAAAUUUUUAAAACUUCAUUUUAAAAAAAACGAAAUUUACAUUAAUUUAUAAAUAAUUAAUACUUCGUGGGAUUUCCUUUCGAUUUUAUAAUUACUACAACUCUUCCAGCCAUUAAAUUAACUAUCAUAAAUGUCGAUGUUAUUCGGGGUGGUAUCUUCUUUCAUUCCUUUAUUAGAGCAUUUUUUAAGUCUUUUUUACUGGAAAUCUAAUGUUUUAUAAUUCCCACGAAGCAAUAAACUAAUGCGCUUAUGUUACAAAUUCUACUGUAAAUUGUUCGUCAUAAGAACCGUGCGAAUACUUCUUGCUUCUAUAUUUCUACCAAUUUUUCGUAUUUUCUUGUUAAUUUCGCAAAUUAUAUAAACUAGUAAUUGUUGUUUGAACUAUAUUCUAGAGAUUUCCGAGAAUAUGUAGAAUACCAUUAAUUAUAAAAGAAAGGAGUUAAUAAACUACAAUUUCACAUAAAAGUUUUUUGGGAAAUUGAUCAAUGUACGAAUACAUUCUACACCCACUGUACAUAGUAAUAGUAGUCGCAAGGAAAGGAUUCGGUCAAAACGGUGGGAUACGUGAAGGCCUAGGAAAACAUCUGAUAGAUAAAAUCAGAAAAUUGUUUUCUUUAGUAGGUACGUAAAAUGCGUAUGAACCUCAAGUUGCAAAAAAAAAAUUGCUAAUUGCAAAAAUGGCGGCUAAAAACAUGAAAAUGUACGAUACAUGUCGGCCGUUAUUUCGCAAUAACUUUAUGCUAUAAUAAUAAGUCAUUAAGAGUCGAGGUUCAUCAGCAUAUAAACUUAAUUACCUUCAAUUUAAGCGUUGAAUCAAGUGAAUCGGAUAAAAAUUCGAUGAGCUAUGCGUCCCACCGUUUUGACAGAAUCCUUUCCUUGCGACUACUAUAUCUAUAUAUGUACACUAUUGAAAUAUAUCAAAAUUAAAAUACCGUUUCAUACUUGGUAUGAUCGAUUGUAUCGAAUUGUAUAUUUCAGUUUGUUUAUUAAAUACGUUGUUGUUUUGUUUUUCCUAUGUAAUUGAUUUGCUGCUAUUUGCUUGAUAUGUUGUAUUAAUAUAAUAAAGAGAAGUCGUUUGAAAUAAAUAAUAUUUCUUUUAUUAAUAUUUAGUGUACAGUUUAAUUAGUAACAUAAUCUAAUAUAUACAUUCAAGUUAAAUCUACGCUGUCAAAUUUUCUUCUUUGAACGUCCCUUUAUAUGUAAAAAAAGUUUCAAUAACAAAAAUUAAUUUUAUCUGGAAAUUAUAUGCAUUAGAAAAAUACAUUAGCUGGACCAGACUCCUCCUUUAAGGGGGCAUUCCACUGUGAACGCACAAAAAGAAGCAUAUUUUCAAUAAUUUUUUUCUCAGGAACUAUUGCUUAAAAUUGAAUGAAUGUGUUUCCCCCUUAAAGGUAUGAUUAAGGAAAGUAAAUAAAUAAUUUUUUUUUGGUAAAAAAUAUUUUGUCAUUUAUUUACAAAAUAAUAUGCAUGUGUGCAAAAAAAAAGUUAACCGCUAGCGCAGGUGAUUUUGGCUCUCCU